AUGUCUGGGUCUCUGAUUGCUACCAUAUCCGCCAGGAUCGCGGAAAACACAGCCAAAGUGAAUGAGUACUUGACAAAACAUAACCUUCCUCAGCCUUCAUUUGACCUCGGGGCACCUUCGCAAUCCUUGAUCCCACCUACACAGUCUGAAGUCGCGGCAGCACGCCAGGCCGUGAUCCACGACUGCCUGGAGCUUAGACAACUUGUGCUCGGCCCCAAGGAGCAUUUGACUAGCUUCCAACACAAUGAACUUGUCAGUCAGCAUGUCAUAUUGCGGUUCCGCAUAGCAGAGGCCGUCCCUGUCGGCGGCGAGACAACUUUCGAGCAGCUAGCUAUGACAAGUGGCCUCAAUGAGAUGCAGUUGCGCAAGCUGCUUCGCCAUGCAAUGGCACAGCGAAUAUUCACCGAACCGCGUCCCGGCGUCGUGGCGCACACGGCGGCGUCGCGACUCCUUGUCGAGGACGAGGGUCUGUACAACUGGCUACGGUUCAGCACUGACGAUCUCUGGCACGCCGCUUGCCGUACUGGUGAUGCUCUGGCACAAUUCCCUGGUUCUGAAGAGCCAAACGAGACGGGGUUCGCUCUGUCCAACGGGACAAGUAAGGACAUGUUCCAUUUUCUCUCCGAAUAUCCCGAGCGUGCAGAGCGCUUCGCCGCUGCGAUGCGAUUCUUCACACAGAGACCUGGCCUUGAGCCAAUACACGUCGUCAACAACUAUGCCUGGGGCGAUAUUCCCCAAGGGGGCAUCGUUGUGGAUGUAGGUGGCUCGCACGGCAUCAUCUGCAUCGAGCUAGCACGACAGUUUCCUUCGCUUCGGUUCAUCGUCCAGGACCUCGAUGAAGCCGUGAUUCGAGACGCUGAAAGGCAGCGGCCUUCAGAGCUCAAAGAUCGUGUGAAAUAUAUGGUGCACGACUUCUUUGAUGAGCAGCCAAUCGGUGGCGCUGAAGUGUACUUUCUUCGCGCUGUGCUACACAACUGGUCUGAUAAAUAUGCGAAGAAGAUACUCCGUGCCUUGAUUCCCGCUCUAAAACCGGGAUCCAGAAUUGUUCUUAACGAGCCGGUGAUGCCAGAGCCCGGUAAGAUGCCUCCUGAAAUGGCGGCACGCAUGCGUGCCAACGAUCUCGUCAUGCUUCAGCUACAAAAUGGAGGUGAUCGUGAGAUGGCGGAUUGGGAAGUGCUCUUUUCGGAGGCACAUAGAGGCUUCCGUUUCCAUGGUGGGAAGAAGCCGGUUAACUCAAACUUAUGGAUACUAGAAGCAGAAUGGGUGGGAUAA